AUGCUGCCGUCGGUGGUCACAUGGAAGCUGCCCCGCAAGCUCGACAACUUUGUCAUGCAGAAAUCCGAAGAAUUCGUUGCGGUACAUGAAGAAGUAGCAUGCAAUGUUGGAGAUGGAAAGCUUCUGACAUCAAUGGAUGAAUAUGAUGACGAUGCAAUGUUGCUACUCUCCGAGUUCACAACGCUCUCUUUGGCAGACAAUGAUGAAAAAUCGAUGGAUGGCAAACAACAGUCCGAUUCCCUCGAAGAAUGCAAGUUUAAUGAUCAACUUGACCUCAGGGAUGGGGUGUAUUACAAAGUUGACAAAGGCAUUGUGAUUCCGACAGAUGAUCAGAAGGCCUAUCGAAUGGAGCUGAUUUCCACGCACGAGAAGUUCUUGAAUCCAUGCAAGAAAGUGAAAGACAAAGAAUUGCACGGAACCUUGGUCAAGCGUUAG